AUCUUUGAUGAUAAAGCUAAUGAAUGGAGAAAUUAUGCAAUUUGUUGUGUGUGCUGUGAUGCUGUUGGUAAACCAGCUGCCAUAAUUCAAAAGUUUCCAAAUAAAAGUGACCAAGUAAAAAAUCACCUAAAAAAAUGUAAGCAUUUUAUUGAAGAACAAGGUGGUAUAGAAGUAGCAUUCAAAAUAUUAGAUAUAAA